GCAACAUUUGCGAUGAUCUUUUGGCGGCAUGUAAUACGCCCAUUUUUUGUGCGGCUCGCCUGGAAAUGCCCGCCAGAAGUCUGUUCCUGGCGGAGCAAAUAGAGAUCUCACAUCACCUCGUGUGUACCUCGCGAUCGUUUCUGUUACAGCCCCCCGGAAUCACUCACGCCCUUGAUCCUGCGUAUAAAAAGACCUGCUGCACAUCUGCUCAAUCCCCAACGCGCGUUUGAUCCUUUCUAUCCUGACCACAGAAACCUCAAGCGAUGGGUUUCAACCACGUCCUUUUAUCUCUUCUCCUACCAUGCCUGGUCUACGCCGCUCCUUCGUGUAACCUUAGACCUCCCCAGUCGACGAGCUCCUCCAAUACCACUGGGACCGCUUGUAUUCAGGCGGUGGGAAACACAAGCCUCAUAGACGUCGUGGCGACAGGCUGGUACCCCGGUUGGCUAGGUAAUCGGAGCCCUCCGGAGUCACUCUCCUGGUCAAAGUAUACAGCCUUGACGUUCGCGUUUGGUGUUACUACUCCUGAAGGCGGCGUGUCCUUGGAUGAUGUUAGCAAACAGGUCUUGCCUAAGUUUGUUAGCAGUGCAAAAGCCAACAAUGUCCACGCGUUACUAUCCAUCGGCGGAUGGACAGGAUCGCAGUAUUUCUCUUCUGCCGUUGCCACAGCUGAGAACCGUACUGCAUUCGUCAAGACGAUCGUUGAUCUGGUGAAUCAAUAUCAGCUAGAUGGCAUCGAUUUCGAUUGGGAAUAUCCAAAUAAACAAGCAAUUGGAUGCAACCUCAUAUCACCACAAGACUCCCCCAACUUCCUUUCUUUCCUUCAGGAGCUAAGAAAGGACCCUGUCGGUUCCAAGAUCACACUUUCGGCUGCAGUGGGCAUCACGCCGUUCGUUGGAUCAGAUGGCCAAACAAUGCAAGAUGUUUCAGGCUUUGCGAAGGUUCUUGACUACAUCGCGAUAAUGAAUUACGACGUAUGGGGAUCAUGGUCUCCGACGGUUGGACCAAACGCGCCUCUUGACGAUUCGUGUGCCACUGUGAAAGCCGGAUCUGCGGUUUCAGCCGUGAAAGCAUGGUCCGAUGCUGGGUUCCCUACCGAUCAGGUUACUCUAGGAGUAGCAGCAUACGGUCACAGUUUCCACGUCUCCAACAGCGAUGCCUUGGGGCCUGACAACUCCCUCAAGCUCUCCCCCACCUUUGACAAGAGUCAGCAACCACGUGGAGACAGCCAGGACGGCGCAGCGGGGACAGAUCAAUGCGGCAACCCCGUUGCUGUUGGUGGUAUCUUCAACUUAUGGGGAUUGAUAGAUGGUGGAUUCUUGGACGCACAAGGGAAGCCGCAAGCCGGGAUAUCUCAUGUCUUCGAUAAUUGUAGUCAGACUCCGUUUGUCUACAACCCUUCGAGUCAAGUCAUGGUCUCGUACGAUGACGCUACGUCGUUUGCUGCCAAGGGCCAGUUCAUUAAGCAGAAUGGAUUGAAAGGGUUUGCAAUGUGGCACGUUUUGGGAGAUUCUAACGAUAUUUUGGUGGAUGCUAUGACCGGAGCAUUGGAUAUCGUUGAGGAGUGCUCCGCGUGAGACGUCGGGGAUACCGUAGAAUUAAUUAUGUCUGUUAGAUACCCUAUCUUGUUGUAUUCUGGCGCAGGACGCUGCGAAACAAUAUAUACUUCAUGGCCA